GCCUUUCUCGCACGACCCGCGGUCCUCCUCAUUUUUUAUCGAGAAAAAAAAAGGAGGCUUCUCUCUCUCUCUCUCUGCGUAGGAAUCUGUUGAAUUAUCGCUGUCAUUCGUCGUGUCUCUCUUUUUUCUAGCUCGGGUGAAUCGGCACAGGAGGAGAACGAGAACGAGAACGAGGAGGAGGAGGCAGAGAGAGAGGUGAGAAGAGGGAAGGCUCCUGCUACAACUUUUGGUGGCAGGCAUUGUGUCGUUCUCGACGUCGUGUGGCCUCUCUGGCCAUCCCUCUGGAGCCCUUCCGUGAAAGAGAAAUUUUAGCUCUUACAGAGUUUGCUUCUCGAGAUUCUGCAACAUCGGAUAUUUUCUUCAGAGAAAUUGCCAAGAGCAGGCGCUCAAGUCACGUCGAGUCUUCGACAAGUUCUGAUCAGAGGGCACACAGACGAAGGCUUGAUUUUUUCACGUUUUCCAGACGAGAUGGUAAAAUCCUCCUGAAGAAGAAGAAAAAGAAGAGAGGAAACGAAGGACGUCUCUUCCUCGUCACACUCUCCUCGCCUUCCACCGUCUUAUUGAAUAAGAAGAGAUCUCCUUCACGAAGCAGAACCUGAGGACGUGUCCUCUUCCACUCGCUCGCUCACGUCUUUCUCGUGCGGGACAGAACAGAGCAAAGCAGAAACUGAACUUCUUCAACACUACCGAUUUAGUUAGCCCUUUCAUUCCGCUCUUUCUCCGAGUUCUUUCCUACCUGCCAGAAUCCAACCACCCAUGAAUCCCCUCCCGUUCAUUGCGGCUCUCCUUCUGGCGUCUCUCGUUCUCGGCGACUCUGCCAAGGACAAGGGCUCAUCGUCGGACCCGAUGAACCCCGGCGAGUCGCCGGGAACCGUCCCGGCAUUCCCGGUCCAGUCAGAGGCGCAGUUGUGCCGGCUGGACCUUUCGGACGAGCUGUUCGGCGGGGUGAAGGAGGCGUGCGGGCAGGUGCUGGACAGGAGUCGGUGCUGCCCUGUUCUGGCAGCUUGGCUCUUCGCUGCUCACGCCCGCUCGGCGCUCCAGCCGGCUGGACCGGUCUCGUCGGAGCUGCCCGCGAUGCCCGACGACUCGCAGAAGUGUGUCAGUUCGCUGCAGGCGUCUCUGCAGAGCCGAGACAUCUCGCUGGCCCAGCCCAACGCCACCUGCGACACGGUACUCUGCUUCUGCGGCAUCCGGCUCCACCAGAUCGGCUCGCUCAGCUGCCCGGCCGCGUUCAACGUCACCAACUCCUCGCGGUCCGCCGUCCCCACGCCGGCGGUCCGCGCUCUCGAGUCCAGCUGCCGGAACGCCUCCUACUCUGGCUGCACCCGCUGCCUGACCGCCCUCCAGAAGCUUAAGGAGGGAGAGAACUACACCAAGGAUGGCAAUGACCGGGCGAGCAAGAUGUUCAGCAGGGACUGCCAGCUGAUGAGCCUGACUUGGCUUCUGGCCAAAAACAAGACGGCCUACAUUCCGACCGUGUCCGCCGUUCUCCGGGCAGUCAUGUACAGCACGCAUCCUCACCAGUCGAAGUGCAGCCCGGACCAAGAGAACAUGCCUCUCGCCGUCGACUCGCUCCAAUUCCUCAAGCCGGAAUCGUCCGCCGCCAUGAGUUCGCCCAAACCAGUGAUGGCCCUCCUCUUGCAUCUCUUCCCUCUUGUGUUUCUUGCCUUGGAUCGGGUCGUGUGGAUCUUUUAGAUUAUACUGAAUCUGGAUCUCGUUUUGUGCAUACAUAGAGUUGGAUACUACGGCUAGGCCGAUGGUGGUCUUUUUUGUGUCUAUGGUUCUUCAUUGAUUAUAUGUUAUAAUCCAUAUCUCUGGUUCUAUGUGAUUCCAUAGUGGGCUGUUUAAUGAAUAUAGCAUCUCUCUGACUGGAAUUUGGAUCA